AUGCGCUUCUUCGAGACCAUCCUUUCCGCCGCGGCCUUCGCUGCCGCCGUCGCUGCCCUCGAGAUCAACGACUUCCCUGCCGAGGGUGUUGUUGCUGGCCAGACCUACACCAUCACCUACUCCCCUGCGGACGACACUCCCACCACCUUCAUCCUCCGCCAGGGACAGUCUACCGACCUUGACACUAUCGGCACUCUUACCACUACCGCUACUGGUGGAACCUUCGAGUGGACCCCCGAGACCUCUCUCCCCAACGAGGACGACUACGCCCUCCAGAUCCAGCAGGGAACCACCAUCAACUACUCCGCUCAGUUCCCUCUUACUGGUGGCUCUGACGAGGAUGACAGCCCUGUCUCCUCUGCCAUCUCUUCCGCUACUGCCUCUGCUUCGUCCGCUGCCUCCUCUGCUGCCUCCUCUGCCUCUGCUGCCCUCAGCAGCGCCAUUCAGAGCGCCCAGUCGAGCCUGAUCACCAGCGCUGCCGCUACCGCCUCUGCUUCCGCUUCCAUCAGCCCCUCCGCUGGUGUCAACUCCACUGUUUCCACUGCUACUCUCUCUCGCUCUGCCUCUGGCUCCGCCACUGGCAGCGCCAGCCUUCCUGAGGUCACCGACUCCGGUGCCAACCUCAUCGGCAGCCCCAUUGCUGCCAUGUUCGGUGCCGCUGCUGCCUUCGCUUACUUCGCUUAA